UCUCUCCUUCCUUUAUCCUCUCUCACCCAAACACAAAUAUUGCCUAGUUUACAAAUUUUGUGACCCCUCUUUUGAAUAAAGCUGCAAAAUCUCAUAUUUUUGCUUUUAUUAUUUAUAGACACAAUUUUAUUUUCUUCAUUGGUGACAAUAUGAAGAAGAGAGCUUCUACAAUUUUGAAGUUGCUAGCUGCUUUGAGCUCAAUGGCCAAAUCAAAAUCUUUAGCUCUCAAGUCCAAAACAAACGCCAUCAAGGCUCGGUUGAUAAUAUUCUCACUUGUGAUGAACAAGAAGUAUGUGAUGAGCACUAUUUCUGAUAAGUUCCAAUCUCUUUUGGGUCAUCAUUCACUUCCCAAAGAAGAUUGCUCGUUGGAACAUGGCAGUGAUGACCAGAACAAGGACACUGUGGUGUUCAAUGACAAUGCACACUCCAACAAGGUAGUGUCCAAUCCUAAUGAGACCCAAGUAGUGGUGGAGGACAAAGAUCAUGAUGGCCAUGAAAGUUACUAUAGGUAUGGAGAAGAUGAUGAUGGGGGUGAUGGCAAGUACCCGGAUCUUACACACACAAUGUUUGAGUCAGAGGGUUUGGAUCUUGAAGGCUCUGUGAUUGAUUUGGUGAAGUGUUCAAAGGAAGAGGCAGGGCAAGAGUUCAAAAUGGAGGAUGAAAUUGACCAUAUGGCUGAUCUUUUUAUUCAGAAAUUCCGAAGGCAAAUCCUCUUGCAGAAGCAAGAUUCUUUGAAAAGGUACCAUGAAACGAUGCUCAAAUGA